AUAUUUCUACACAGCAUUCAAUGCACCAUGUCAUCUCGAUCUAUAACAAUAGUGUCCUCUGGUCGGAAACAAGCGAUCAACUGCCAUGGGUUGAUGAUGCAAGGGACUCAGCUCUCCUCAAAGCCCAAACUCCUGCAGGAGGAGGACAGGGAGUCUGGUAUCGGGUCCACUCUUGACCUCAGCAGCAGCUUUGAGAUCUACAACCAACAUACCAAACACCAAAGCAGCGGUGUUUCACCCAGGGAGGGAGAUAGACUCGAUAUAGAGAAAGAAAGCUCUUCACAGACCACAACAGUGACUUCCAACAAGAUCCCACAGCUCCUCAUCAAUCUAUCCACGAUCCCUCUCCUCCUCAUCCUCCUCUUCCUCUUUGUUUGCUCCUUGGACACUCUGAGCUCUGCCUUCCAGUUAGCAGGGGGUAAAGUUGCAGGGGAAAUUUUCCAGGACAAUGCGGUGCUGUCCAAUCCCGUGGCAGGGCUGGUGGUGGGGAUCCUGGUCACCGUGCUCGUCCAGAGUUCAUCCACCUCCACCUCCAUUGUAGUCAGUCUGGUGGCCUCGGGAUUGCUUGAGGUGAGGUCUGCUGUUCCAAUCAUCAUGGGGUCCAACAUUGGGACCUCAGUCACGAACACCCUGGUGGCCAUGAUGCAAGCAGCAGAGAGGAAUGAGUUUAAACGUGCCUUUGCUGGGGCAACGAUCCACGACUGCUUCAACUGGCUGUCGGUGCUGGUCCUGCUGCCGCUGGAGGUGGCGAGCGGCUUCAUCACCAAGCUGUCUCUCCUGCUGGUCUCCAGGUUCAAGCUGCAUCCCGGAGAGGAAGCACCUGAGCUGCUCAAAGUUAUCACUGAGCCAGUCACCAAGCUCAUCAUACAGGUAACUAUCAGCCAGUCAGCUUUUGUGAUUAACCAUUUCUUAAACCGCUCCCCUAAACAGCAAAUCUUAGUUUAG